UUCAUGCUGCUCUGACAAAUUUCCAAAACAAUUUGAUAGCGUUUGGAAAAAAUUAGCAAUUACAACAUGGCUUCUCCGUGGGUGAAGCGCAAGUUUCUUGGAAACGGCUCGUAUGGCAAAGUUUUCUUAGCACAAUCCGCGGCAUUAUUAUCUUACAACAACUCACCGGCUCUGGUUCCCUUUGUUGCCCUGAAAUCUUGUUUAGCAAGUCGAUCAUCAUCUCUGCAACUCGAGAGAGACGUGUUUCGUGAACUCGGAGGCUGUGAUGGGAUCGUCAAGUGUUUUGGUUCUGGUGUGAGUGUUGAGAAUGGUGCAGAGUAUUUUGAUCUGGUUCUUGAGUAUGCCCCGGGUGGAAGCUUGGAACAAUUUCUUCGAUUUCGAGGCGGAAGAAUAUCAGAGUUGGAAGCUAGUUGUUAUACCAGGAUGUUGGUCAAAGGAUUUUGUCAUGUGCAUCGAAAGGGGUUUGUUCAUUGUGAUAUGAAACCAGGUAAUAUUCUUGUCUUUCCCUCGAAGAAUGCUGGUGGGCUGGUUAAGUAUUCGCUGAAAUUAGCGGAUUUUGGGUCGGCUAAAAAGGGUGGAGAAAUAAGUUGUGCGUUUGUGGAUCCGUGUAGUGGCCAUAAGAACCGAGGAACGUUGUUGUAUAGUUCACCAGAAUCCGUGGCGUUUGGAGAGCAUGAAGCAGCGAUGGAUAUAUGGUCACUGGGAUGCAUAGUGUUUGAGAUGCUUACGGGGAAUGGUCUCUGGUCUAAUUAUCGCGGUCUCAGUGCCAGAGUUUUGGGUGAUCUAAUUGCUGGCUAUCAGGACGGAGGUUUGGUAUUAUCUGAUGAUUUGUCCGCCAAUGCUAAGGAUUUUUUGAGAAAGUGCUUGACGAGAAAUAUAGAAGAAAGAUGGACGGCUGAUCAGCUUCUGAAACACCCCUUCAUCACUGAGAGCUGUAAGAUGUUGCCACUGUCUGCAUCAGGCCAAACUCCAAGGAUCAUGGGACGUUACCAAAGGAUUCCAUUCGGUUCUUCUUUCGUCGCCUCCAACAACCCUUCCGUUUUUGUUAUUUAAUCCUCUCAGGAGAUUUAUUCUGAAGUCUACUGUUCAUUAUCAUGUAUUCAAAUUCUUUUAUAUGGAUUGAGAAGUGGCGAGGACCUCGCAAGUAUGGAAUCAAAUCUAAUUUUGAUGCCUUCACAGUCCC